AUGGUAUCGGAUGGAGAGUUUACUAGGACCCAAAUCUUUGGGACUGUAUUUGAAAUAACAAAUAGAUACACGGAUUUAAAUCCAGUUGGUAUGGGAGCGUUCGGGCUUGUUUGUUCUGCUAUAGACAAAUUGACGGGGCAAAAUGUUGCUGUAAAGAAAAUCAUGAAGCCGUUCCUGACGUCGGUAUUGGCCAAACGUACAUACAGAGAAUUGAAGUUAUUAAAGCAUUUAAGACACGAGAACCUUAUUACGUUGGACGACAUUUUCUUGUCGCCAUUAGAGGAUAUUUAUUUUGUUACGGAAUUACAGGGGACGGAUUUGCAUCGAUUAUUGACAUCGAGACCUUUAGAAAAGCAGUUCAUCCAAUACUUCACGUACCAGAUAUUAAGAGGGCUCAAGUACGUACAUUCUGCGGGGGUGAUUCACCGUGAUUUAAAACCAUCGAAUAUUUUGAUCAAUGAAAAUUGUGAUUUGAAGAUUUGUGACUUUGGUUUGGCCAGGAUCCAAGACCCGCAGAUGACUGGUUAUGUCUCAACUAGAUAUUACAGGGCACCAGAAAUUAUGUUGACUUGGCAAAAGUACGAUACAGAAGUUGAUUUGUGGUCUGUAGGAUGUAUUUUGUCAGAAAUGAUUGAAGGCAAACCAUUAUUCCCAGGUAAAGAUCAUGUUCAUCAAUUCUCAAUUAUUACAGAGUUAUUGGGUUCUCCACCUCCAGACGUGAUUGAAACUAUAUGUUCCGAAAACACAUUAAGGUUUGUCCAAUCCUUACCUCACAGAGACCCUAUUCCAUUCAGCGAGCGGUUUGCCCAAUGCAGUCAUGUCGAACCGGAAGCUAUCGACUUAUUGGCUAAAAUGUUGAUUUUUGACCCUAAAAAGAGAAUUAGUGCAUUAGAUGCGUUAUCUCAUCCUUACAUGGAACCAUAUCACGACCCAACUGAUGAACCUGUUUGUGAAGUUAAGUUCGAUUGGAGUUUCAACGAUGCAGAUUUACCAGUUGACACUUGGAGAGUUAUGAUGUACAGUGAAAUUUUAGACUUCCAUCAAAUUAUAGGUGCUGGGGCAAACGGAACAACUCAAGAACAAAUGGCUCAAAUCCAACAAGAGGGUAUUCAAGCUCCUAGCAGCCAAUACCAACAAACCAACCAAGAACAGAAAGUUGAAUGA